UUGAUACUGUUGCAUUCAGAAUGCUGAUACGCAGCCUGGUAAUCGUGGGAGUUCUUUUCUUUAGCAGCAGCUGGGGAGAACUCCUUAAGAAACCCAGACAACAACACUAUUCUAGAUCUGUCAUGAAUAUGGACGUCCUGCUGAAAAUGGAUGAUGCUUUGGUCGGCAAUCUGGAAAAGUUUGCAGAUGAGCUCUUGCAGAAAGCCAAAACCAUUAGGAGGGGAAUCCACGAGAUGAGGAAAAGGCACAAGAACUACAAUCCUAGCGAACAAUUUUGGGCCAGCCCUUUGAAAAGUUAUUCCCUCAUUCGUCACAUGCAGGCGGACUGGUUGAUGUGGCAAGUGUAUCUGGAAAAGCCAGUGGGGCAGGAAGAAUUGCGUUUCUUAGACUCGAAUAAGACUUCCCUGCCGCAGGACCACGACAUUGCCGACGCAGCUCAUGGAAUCAAAAUGUUGCAACGGACUUACGGGAUGAUGGCCAGUGACAUCGCCAGAGGAUUGCUGGAUGGAGUGCAGUAUGACUCUUCGCUGGCACCUGUUGAUUGCCUGGCGAUCGCUCACCAUCUUAUGAACCAAUCGAUUUGGUCGGCUGCCGAGCCAUGGAUUCUCAGUGGCUUGGAAGCAGUGGAUCUCCAGACAGAGAUGGAAUCGCUCAGAGGACCAACGAAGGCUCUCCUGCACAGGACACUGGGCGAAGUGCGGAUGAAGCAGGGAAAUCACAAGGGCGCUCUGCAAGCGUAUCAGGUUGCCCUCAAGCUUUCGCCACAUGAUUCAGAAGUAUUUCAAGAGUAUCAGAGCCUGGAAAACAGAAUUCUCUCACUGUCGGAGAUCGGACCGCUGGAGGAGGAGCCAGAUGAUCCCGAUGAAAGCGACAAUUUUCCACCUUGUUGCAGUGGUCGCUGUGAAGUCGUUAGAAAACUGAGGAGAAUGUAUUGCGUGUAUAACCAUGUAACCGCUCCUUUCCUGCGACUGGCGCCAAUCAAGACCGAAAUCCUCUCGACGGACCCCUUCAUGGCCAUCCUGCACGACAUGGUCACCCCGAAGGAGAGUGCUCUGCUACGAUCCUCCAGCAGAGAUUACUUGUGGCCGUCGGCUACAGUUCCGGUGGACGACUUUUCGAACACAUCUUUAGUCGACAGGCACCGCACUUCGAUGUCCGCGUCGCUCGAUGAUGACUUUAACGAGGGAACCUUGAAGUUAUGUGAGCGGUUGGGAGAUGCAACUGGUCUCCAUGUGAAUUACUCCGAUGUGAUCCAGGUCGUCAACUACGGCCUGGGUGGCUACUUCCAGAUGCACUUUGAUUUGUUGCUCUCGAAAAACGCGAGAUUCAACGGAACCGAAGACCGCAUGUCCACUACGCUUUUCUACCUGAACGACGUGCCCCAAGGAGGCGGCACCUACUUUCCAGAACUCAACAUCACGGUGUUCCCGAGCUUCGGCUCGGCCCUCUUCUGGUACAACCUGGACUGGAAGGGCAACGAUCACAUGAAAUCCAUGCACACGGGCUGUCCAGUAAUCGUGGGUUCCAAAUGGGUUGUCACCAAGUGGGUGUAUGACAUGGGACAAGAGUUCAGAAGGCCGUGCAUCGACUCAAAGUCAAGUACCAAAGCGUUAUUAUCCCUUGAAAAACUUAUAAUAUGAACUGCGCUGCAGUUUACAUACUAUUUUUUCAACAAAUAUACAUAGACGUUGAAGACUUCUUAUUUCUUCCAAAUUAA